ACUGUGUGGCUUAUAUUUAUCACUACUAAUCACACGCUCAGUAACGGCCUGGUGGUCACGGGGUAACGGUAGCAAAAUAGCACUUUUAUACUAAUUGGAGUGCAAUAGAGCUGCUGCACCGGUCACGUCAACUAACGAAUUAGUUUGAAUCAGAAUUUCAACCGGUGUACAUCACAUCCUAAAGAAAACGACUGAAGAGUGAAAAAAAAAAAUUCUAAAAUCGGAAGAAUAUAGAAUUUUUGAUUUUUUUUUGCAUUUUUUCAUUUUUUUAUAAUAUAUGUAUAUAUAGCUUUAACUAGAACAAUAUAUACUUACUACAUAUAAACAUAACUAUUAUCGAACAUUUUAUGUUAUGCCGUUUACUAACAUAAUCAAUGUACAAUAUUAUAUAGCAGCAUAGAGAGAAAGAGAGAGAGAAUUAAAAAGAGAGUAUAUGAAUACUAAAAUUAAAUACGAAAUUUUUAAUAUAAAUAAUAAAUUGUUGGAAUAUAUGAAAAAUCGAUUUGAAGUUGGUGAUCUAAUACAAAAAAAAAAUAAAAAGAAAAAAAUUAAUAAAAAAUUUUAAAUAUAUUGUGUUUAAUAUUAAUUAAAACGUUGUAUUAAAAUUCCGUUUUAGUUCACAUUCAACUUAUUCUUAUUUAAAUAAAUUAUAAAAAAAAAAAAUUAAAUUGAAUUAAAAAGUUCGCGGGUUUUUAAAUUCAUUGUUUCAAUUCAAUUUAUUCACUCAAUAUAACAACGCCAGUCCAGUCAAACCCUUAGUUUAUUCUACAUUUAUUGUACUUAUACCACAUUUAUUUGUGUAAAUGCGUAUGUACUCCAUAUGAGCAAUAUUGUUAAAAUUUGGAAUUAAAAAAAAAAAACAUAGAGAGGAAAAGAAUAAAAAAUUAAUAAUUAAUUAUUUUCGAAAUUUUGUUUUGUAAAAAUAAUUUUUACAUUAUGAAAUUAAUUUUUGGUAUAUUAAUACUUAAAAGUAUAUUGGCAAUAAGUUAUGGCCAUAAAAUACUUGGAUUAUUUCCGACGGUAGCAAAAUCACAUCAUAUUGUUGGUACAGCAUUAAUGGAAAAAUUAGCUGAACGUGGUCAUGAAAUAACAAUGGUGUCACCAUUUAAAGCUGAUUCAAAAUUAUCAACCUUGAAAAAUUUCCGUGAUGUUGUAAUCGAAGAAACAUAUAAUCAAUCGAGACCAAUGAUUGAAAGCAUUUUUGAAAUGGUUACAACAAAAAAUAUUUUUGAAAUAUUUCAUGGAUUCUCAGAUAUUGGUAUUAAAAUCUCAAAUUUAACAAUGCAGGAGCCAAUGAUACAAAAAUUAUUAAAAUCAAAUGAAAAAUUUGAUUUAAUUAUUUGUGAAAUGACAAUGAAUGAAGUAUUACUCGGUUUUGGUCAUCGUUUUAAUGCACCAAUUAUUGCUGUAUCAACAUUUGGACCAUCAUUAUGGACAACAGAUUUAGUUGGUACACCAUCACCAUUAUCAUAUGUGCCACAUCCAUUUUUAAAAUUAUCUGAUAAAAUGAAUUUAAUUGAAAGAAUAAUGAAUAUAUUAGCAGCAACAUAUGAACGUAUCUAUUAUGAUAAUUUUUAUUAUCCACGUCAAGUUAAUUUAUAUAAUGAACAUUUUCCAAAUCCAAAACCAUCAUUACAAUCAUUACGUGAAAAUGUAUCAUUAGUAUUAGUUAAUAGUCAUUUUAGUUUAACAGCACCGAGACCACUUGUACCAAAUAUGAUUGAAGUUGGUGGUUUUCAUUUAAAUAGAACAGAAAAUCCAAUACCAAAUAAUAUUAAAACAUUUUUAGAUACAGCAAAACAUGGUGCAAUAUUAUUUACACUUGGUUCUGAAAUAAAAACAACUGAAUUACCACCAGAAAAAUUAUCAGCUAUAUUAAAUGUAUUUAGAUCAUUAAAACAAAAAGUUUUAUUUAAAUGGGAAAAUUGGAAUUUACCAAAUAAACCAGAUAAUGUAUUAAUAAGUAAUUGGUUUCCACAAAAAGAAAUUUUAUCACAUUCAAAUUUAAAAUUAUUAAUAACACAAGGUGGUCUAUUAAGUAUUAUGGAAGCAAUUAAUGCUGGUGUACCAUUUAUUGGUAUACCAUUAUAUGGUGAUCAAUAUAUGAAUAUGAAAUUUGCUGAAAAAUCUGGUAUCGGUAUAUCAUUAUCAUAUGAUAUGUUAGAUGAAAAAGAAUUAAGAACAGCUGUUGCAUAUAUAUUAGAGGAUCAAGAUUAUGAACAUAAUAUUAAAGAAUUAAAAUCACGUUAUGAAGAUCAACCAAUAAAACCAAUUGAUAAUGCAAUUUAUUGGAUUGAAUAUGUUAUAAAACAUAAAGGUGCUAUACAUAUGAGAUCAGCUGGUCAACAUUUAAAUUAUAUACAAUAUCAUAAUAUUGAUGCAUUAGGAAUAUUAUUUGGAAUUGCUUUUAUAAUAUUUUAUUUAAUAUGGGCAUUAAUUAUGAAAUGUUUAUGCAGUGGACGUAGUAAACGUCAAAAAUUUCAAGAAACAAAUCAACCAAAUCAUAAAAUUAAAUAUUCAAAAAAGAAAAAAAAUAAUUAAUUUUAGGUUGUUAAAUUAAAAAAAAAAUUCAUUUCAUUUUUUUUUUUUUUUUUAAUUUUGUUUCCUUAACUUUAUAAAAAAAACCUUUAAAACCUCCUAAAUGUUCUUGUUUUUUUUUUUUUUGUUUUUGUAAUUUUAGAAUUCAAUUAAACUUUCUGUUAGCUAAUUUAAAAUUACAAUUAAUAAAGUAAAAGAAAAAAAACAUAAAUAGACUAGCAAAAUAAGACUAGAAUUUUUUUUUUUAAAUUUCUGAUUAAGACUAAUGUUCUUGUGUAAUGCAAUUUUAUUUUAGUAUUCUUACAAACACACCGGAAAAUGAUUUAAAAUAGCCGUGAAUUGAAUACACUGUUUUGGAAAAUAUAGUCUUACUAUAUUUUCUGAUAAACUACAUGUAUAUCAUAUGAGAAUCUAUAUGCAACUAAUAAAGCUUUAUGAAAAAUUUAUUGCCAACUCUAUUUUACAUCCAACAGUUACAUUGGGAUUUAUGUCACUCUUCAUAUCACCUCCAGUUUUUCAAUAAACUCAUUAUCUCUCUUUUGGCGAGUUCAAUAGAGGUUUACAAAGAAUAUGAAAUGAAGAUUGAUAAAAAUUUUCUUACUACACCAAAUAAUUAUUAAAUUUAAUAAUGGCUGCUACCGGUUUAAAAUCUAACUCACAUUUUUAAUGAAAAUUCAAAUUGGCCUUUCUAAUUUUAUCUUUCGAAUACUAAAAUAAAAAAAUUGCAUUAAAAAAAUUACACUUAAUCUGAUUUUUUUGUGAACGAUAACAGUAUAUUUUUUUCCUCAAUUAUUUUACUAAACUAAAAUUUGUAAUUUUUCAAUAAAAAUAUUUGAAAAAAAAAAAUAGGGAAAAAAUAUACUAAAAAUUAAAAAAAAAAAACGAAAGAUCUCUGAGAAAUAAAAAAUAAAUGAAAAUAAUAAAAAAGAAAAACCCAAUUUAAAUUCAUUUUUUAAUUACUUAAUAUAGUAUAAUACUCGAAUUUUAAAUUAAAAAGAUUAAAUUAAAAAAAAAAUAUAUAAAAUAUUUUAAAGGAUGAAUAGAAAAACAAACAAACAAACAAAAAAUAAUUAGAAAAAAAGAUUUUUUUUUUUAAUUAUUUUAAGUCAAAUGUUUUCUUACCCAGCAUUUACACAUACAAGUUACUUGCAAGCAAGUUUGUAUAAUAUUAAUUGUCAAUUAGUUUUUCGAAAUGUCAAAUUACUUGCUAUUAUGACGUAGGCGUUUAGCAAGUUAAUUUUUGAAAAUGUCUUUGAGAAGAAAACAACUAGCAAUAUAUUAUAUAAUUGUUUAUAAAUUUUAGAAACCAUAAGUUUGCUAAGUUUAAUUUUUUCAAAACAAAAUUCAAAAAUUUUAAAUUAAAAAAAAAAAAAAAUCAAAACAAAUUUUUUUUUGUGAAUUUCUCAAUAUGUCAAAUUACUUGCUCAAAUUACUGGCAGCAAAAUUUUCUUGCAAGUUGAACUGCAAGUAAACAAGCAAGUAGAAAUAUUUCAAUGUGUUAGUAAAAUUUUUGUAUGUAUUGCAACUUUCUUGCAAGUAACUUGUACGUGUAAAUGCUGGGUUACCAAAAACAAAAAGAAAAAAAAAAACAAAAGUACACUAAAAGAAACGAAAAUUUUGAAAUUUUUUUGGUAAAAAAUAAAAAAAAAAAUGUGAAAGAAAAAGAAAAUAUUUAAGAAAAAAAAAAAUGGAAAACUUUAAUAAUUAAUUAUUGUCUUGUUAAUUCAAAAAUUUGAUUUUUACUAAUAAA